CUAAAUCUGAAUUCUGAGGUCGUAUCUAUCGUCGGUUUUUUCGUUUUACUUUCAAGUUUGUGUAAGGUCCAGUUACUUUACUGCUAAGUGCUGGGGUAGGCUGUAAAUUGAAUUCACUGUCUGUAUCCUUGAAUUCAUACACCCAAGACAAAGUACAAUUUGUUGGUUUCACUGAAAAAAAAAUGAAAAUGAUCGGCCGCCCAAGUCAAAUCCUGUCGGCCUCCAAGAGCAUCAAUUGUCUAUUGAAGAAUCCUGCGCUCACCCAAAUCUGCCUCAGAAAUGAAUCUACCAAAAUCCAACCGGCAUCUCAAGACACAAAUAUAGAAGAAAAACCAUAUCGUCCGUACUCACCAUUUCAAAAGACAAACAAUAUGGCUGAAUACGCUGUUGCUCGUUUGGAUGAUGUCUUGAAUUGGGGCCGUAAGCACUCCCUCUGGCCUUUGACUUUUGGAUUGGCAUGUUGUGCUGUUGAAAUGAUGCAUAUAGCUGCUCCUCGAUACGAUAUGGAUCGAUAUGGUGUUGUAUUUCGUGCAUCGCCUCGUCAGGCUGAUCUUAUUAUAGUUGCGGGAACACUGACAAACAAAAUGGCACCAGCAUUGAGAAGAGUUUAUGAUCAAAUGCCCGAUCCAAAAUGGGUUAUUUCAAUGGGAAGCUGUGCUAAUGGUGGUGGUUACUAUCAUUAUUCAUAUUCGGUAGUAAGAGGAUGUGAUAGGGUUAUUCCAGUUGACAUUUAUGUACCAGGUUGUCCACCAACUGCAGAAGCCUUGAUGUAUGGUAUCCUACAGUUGCAGAAAAAAAUUAAAAGAAUGUCACUUGCCCAGAGUUGGUAUAGAAAGUAAUUUGUUGUUUUUGAUCAUCUAUAACAUAUAUGGUUUUGUGUAUUACAUAUUUCACCAUUUGUAAAAAUAACAUUACCUGUGAAACACCUAAUUAUGUUAUUCAAUAUAGAUAAUAGUUUAGUAUUGCUAAAUAUAUCGCGGAUUUUAAUUGUACAUUCUUGUAUUGUUAUGAUUCCCUUUAAUUGCUGUAAAAACAUAAACGGUAUGAUUUUAAUAAAAUUAUAUUUUGUCCAAA